AGCGAGUUCAGUGGAACAAGACGUUCUGAAAAUAAAGAUACUUUUGACUAGUUAAACGACCAUGGAUGAUGAACCGAUAUUGAUGUCGGAUGAGGAUUUGGAAGGGGAUGUUGGCAGUGACUUUGAUGAUGAUGAUGAAUGCUUUCCCAGUGAGUGGACUGUAGUUGAUGAUGCUGAUGAUGAGUUAAUGGUGCUGUCCGAUACAGAAGACAGCUCUGUAUCUACAAAGAAAGAUGGAAGUUCAGUCAGUAAAGGGGAAGAGUCUUUAAGUAGUGCACCCAAAAAAGAAUCAACAGAGAAAACAAAAGAUGACGCAAGUUCAAAGUCCAAGAGAGAUGAGAAAAGCAGUAGAGAAAAGUCACAGGACAGAAAGUCGAAGGACACGUAUGAUCAUGGUAAAUCAAAAUCGCAUGACCAAAAAUCUGAUUCCAGUUCUAAAGACAAAAGACACGAUUUGCCUCACCAUAGGAGACCACAAUCACAAGACAGACAGAUAGGUUCCACUUCUGGAGAUAAAAAAAUAGUUGCCACUUCUGGAGACAAAAAAACAGAUUCCGGUUCUGGACACAAAAAAACAGUUGCCACUUCUGGAGAUAAGAAAACCGAUUCUGCUUCUGGAGAUAAAAAACUGGAUACACGAGAGAAAAGUGAAACUACACGUAUAAGUUCUAGCAAUAGAGAUUCAAAAUCACCUUCUCAUUCUGUUUCUAAACCAGCUGAUGUGAAACCGACCAUCAAGCAGGAGUUACCUGAAAAGAGUACAUCACGAUCGACAACUCAUUCAGGUUCUAAAGUUACUGAAACAAAAACGUGUACGGUGGAAAGCAAACCGGAUUCAAAAGCUGUUGUAGAGAAGAAACCAUACAAAGCUGCGGACCAGGUGAAAUCUGAAACUAAGGAUAAACCUGUCACUGUGAAAACUGAGCCAAAGAAAGAUGAAAAAGAAGAAAAGCAGAAGCCAAAGGAUAUUCCAACGGAUGAACAUCCUUUACCGAAAAUAUCUUCAAAACUGAGUGAAGAUCUUAAUCUGUUUAAUGACACUAGACAAAGCACAAAAUGUCGUUUGGCUACUGGUGGAGCAGACAGUGCUCCCAACAUCCUGCCAUUUGAUUCUGAAAAAUCCAGGUGUAUGACGUGGGGUAUGCGUAUCUAUCCGUUCUUUGGUAAUGAUCUUGCUUUAAAAGAAAUGGUGAAAAUUGUCAACAUUGCAGACCACUUUGCUGUUUUUAUUUUGUUCGGAAAGCGUCCUAAGUGUGGAGACAUCAGUCUAAUGCUUCACCACCACAAUGAUGUGAAAACCAUUUUGGCAAAGUUAUUCCACAUGGAGAUGACAGCACCAGAAGUUAACAUUUUCGUCAACAGAAGAAAAGAUGAUGGUACUUUUGAAACUGGUGAAUUGAAACUGAAUGUGAGUGACAGCCAGAAGCUGGACACCACUCUUGCCUACAGGCUGGGAUCUGAUGGAGAAGGAAGGCCAGAAAAUAGAUCAGUUAAAGUACAGAAUAUUCCCGAAGGGACGUCCAAGAAAAUGAUGGAAGUGCUCUUUCCUAUAUCUAACAACAUUACCUUUUGUGAACUGAGUAAAGGAGAAAAGACCGGAUCUGCUAACAUCCAGUUCCUCACUGCUGACAAUGCCAGACAGCUGAUAGAAUGCUACAAAGAGCUCAAACUUGGCGAUAACGUGUUAAAUUUAACUUUCACUGGUAAGCCUGCCGAAAAAAAGAAAAAAGUGGAAGAAAAGAAGAAGGUUGAAGAAAAGAAGAAGGUUGAAGAAAAAACUGAAGUUACAAAAGAAAACAAAAAUAAUGUAAGCAAACCUGAUCCGAAACAAGCAUUAAAAAGAGAGCGUCCACUCCGAGACAGAAGUCCACAACGAUCGAGAGAGAGGUCAUCCCCGAGAGAUGCUAAACGAGAUGACCCAAAGAGAGAUAACCGGAAGGAUUUCGACAGGAGAUCGGAUAACCCAAGACUGAACAGAUCAUCUGGUAACGUGAGACCAUCCUCCAACAACAGACAGGACCAAGCCAAACGUCUGCGUGAUCGGAGCAGGCAGAUUCUUUUGAACAGGGAGCAGCGGGAUUCCGAUCUGAAUCCGAAUCCAAACCGAAAUAUUAGGUUGCAUAGGCAGGAGAUGAGGAGACCCAGUGAUGCACCAGGUAUUCUUGGACCAGCUCCUGUGACUAUAGAGAUUGAAGACAUCCUCCCAAUCCUACCCGAGGGUUUAGCUCUGGGAGAAAAACAGUGCAUGAUGGUCAUUGAGCAACAAAAGCGAAAACUACAGCAACAGCAGAUGCAGCAACAGCUACAGCAACAGCAACAGCUGCAACUUCAGCAACAACAGAUGCAGAUGCAGCAAGGCACAGAGAAUGCAUGGAAACAAUUUCAACAGCCUCUUAUAAAUCCCAACCUUGACCUAGGAGAUAACUUUAUUCCACAACAUGAAGGACUUCUGGCUGACAGGCCCCCACCAACACAGAUGGAGGAUAGACCCUUGUGGCAGGAGGAACAUAAGAUUUCUCCAUUUGAUCGGAAAGAGGAUGACCGUCGCGGGUUUGAGCCGAAGGGGGAUGACCGACGUGGAUUUGGUGACCAAUUCUCCAAUCAAGAACCAGUGUUUAACAGGAUGCUCAAAGACGAUCGGCAGGAAUUACUACUGGGGGCAAAACAAUCCGAGACACAUUAUGAGAGACCCGAUUUUCAUGGUGAUAUAUCAUUUGAAGACAAAAACCCUCGCAGCAGACAUCCGGUGGAGCCGAGGAAAUCUCUGCUGGGUCCGGGCAGUCGGGUUUCUGAACAACAACCACAGCCUCAUUUUGGAAUUCUACCUGAGCAUGUGCAGAGAGCUGGGGAUCCUUACUUAAUGCCACAUGAAGAAGAGAAACAGAAUUGUGAAGAACUCGACUGGAACAUGAUGGGCAGAAAUAAGCCUGACCAUGGUGUGUUCAUCCAAGAAAGAAUGAGAGAGACAGACAGACCAAGUCAGGAUCGACCAAACAUGAAUCUGCUGGACAAUGAAGAGAGUGUCAUGAUGCGCGGCUUGCCAAACAGAGAUGUACUAGCUGCAAACAGACUCGAUAGAAAGAUCAUUGAACAGGGCAGAUUAGAAAGAGAAAUGAUGGCUCAAGAUAUGCCAGGUCGUGACAUGCCAGGUCGAGAUAUGCCAGGUCGUGACAUGCCAGGUCGUGACAUGCCAGGUCGUGACAUUCCAGGUCGAGAUAUGCCAGGUCGAGAUAUGCCAGGUCGUGACAUGCCAGGUCAAGAUAGGCCAGGUCAAGAUAGGCCAGGCAGACAUAGGCCAGGUCGAGACAUGCCAGGCAGAGACAGGCCAGAUCGAGACAUGCCAGGCAGAGACAGGCCAGAUCGAGACAUGCCAGGCAGAGAUAUGCAAGGUCAAGACAUGCCAGGUCGUGAUAUGCCAGGCAGAAAUAUGACAGGUCGAGAUAUGCCAGGCAGAGAUAUGGCAGGUCGAGAUAUGACAGGUCAUGACAUGCCAGUCAGAGAUUUACCACGUCGUGACAUGCCAGUAAGAGAUAUGCCAGAUCUUGACAUGCCAGUCAGAGAUAUGCCAGGUCGUGACAUGCCAGUCAGAGAUAUGCCACGUCGUGACAUGCCAAUCAGAGAUAUGACAGGCCGAGAUAUCCCAGGAUGUGACAUGCCAGGUAGAGAUAUGACAAGUCGUGAUAUGCCAGGCAGAGAUAUGACAAGUCGUGAUAUGCCAGGCAGAGAUAUGACAAGUCGUGAUAUGCCAGGCAGAGAUAUGACAAGUCGUGAUAUGCCAGGCAGAGAUAUGACAAAUCGUGAUAUGCCAGGCAGAGAUUUUAAUGACAUUCAGCAGAGUGAUGCUAGACAACAAAUGCGUGAAUUUAAUGAGAUGUCUUAUAGUGGGGUUGAAGAGAGCCAGGGUUUGUUUGGCAACGUCAGAGAAUAUGAUCACGGCAGCAGACCUCUCAAACGACCAAGUCGGUUUGAACCAGAAGAAACAACACCACCAAAGAGGACAAUGACAAACACUCGCGGCGGUGGCGGCGAUAGUUCAAACGGGUUCUCUGGCGGACAGGGCGGCAAGGGCAGACAACCGCGAGGGAUGAAACCUCCACCAAAACCACUGCAUCAGAUUACGGUGCAUCCGUCUGCCGAGAUGACUGCUUACGGUCUGCAGCAUCAGAGAGAUCAGCAGCAGCAGCAGCAGCAGCAGCAGCAGUUUAACAGGGGGCCAGGUAAAGGAUUGAAGAGUGCCUUGAAGAGGCCGAAACAGCAGGAAGAAGAGCAGCAGGAUCAACAGCAUCUUCUACAGAAACUGAUGCAGCAGCAGAUGAUGCAGGCCACGGGAAGAUUUCUACAGAAGGGAAACAAAAGUUAAAUUGUUUCUUGGAUUAAUCAGAAGAAAUGUUCCUGCUUCAAGAAAACCAGAUAUAUUGUUGUUGUUGAAAACAACUGUGUACACAUUCUGCUGGUUUGUAAUUGACAAUGAGUAGAUUUAAAAAAACUAAAUUAGUUUAAACAACUUAUUUGUGUUGAGUUAAGCAAGCCAUUGUUGAAAAUCAUUGUGUUCCAGUCCUGUUUGUCAUCUGCAAAAGUAGGUUCUAAGAAAUGAAUAAUAGUCACUGUGUAUGGUGCAUAUGCUAGCUUUGUUUUGUUGCUCCAAUUUUCUUGAUACAUUUCACCAUGUAUAAACUAGAUCACUUGUCAUAAAAUCUUGGAAUUAACAAAAUUUCGUCACAGAAUUGAUUUGAAGUAUUAAAUCAGAAUUUGACUUUUGACAAUCUUUUUUUUUUAAAUUACUUUUUUUCUUCUUUCUUUUGACAACAAUUUUAAAAAGGCCAGGUACAAGAAAAAUAUUUUUUCUAUCAGGUGCCUAAGAAAUUUACUUCUAUUUUUGUCAUUUUUACUAUACAUUUUCAUGAAGAUAACUUUUUCAUGAAGGUAAUAUUUUAUCGGUGGACACAUUGUAUUGUGUCAAUACCGAAUACCAUACUGAGGUAAAUCACCCCAAAAAUACUGAUACUGAUACCGAAUCUGAAAUUUCAAUAUUGCCCACCUUUAAUUACAGUAUUCUACUUUACAAAAAACACACACAAAAAAAGUGUAUUAAAAUUCAUGCGAGUGAAUAAUUGUGACGGACAAUGGAGUACUAAUGAUUUCAGAGGGUUUUUGACAAAUGUUUUUUAAUAAAUAAAGGGAAAUAACUUG